UUAGAUGGACUGGAUCGACAUUAUCUGCAAAGGAAAGAACUCUCGAUUUGCUUUCUGGGAAAAAGAAUAGUGGUCUUACCAAUAAUUAUUAGCUCUGUUUGCAAUCAAUCCUGGGUCCGUCGUGAAGAGAGUGACAGAAAAUGUCGCGAGCCACUGGCAAGGUUUACGUUGGGGAGUUAGGAGAUCAUGCCAACAAAGGUGACUUGGAAGACCUCUUCGAAAAGUUUGGGAAAAUUCGCGAGAUCUGGAUUGCUCGUAACCCACCGGGCUUUGCCUUCGUCUUUUAUGAGGACCCAAGAGAUGCUGAGGAAGCCGUAAGAGACCUAGAUGGUUCGAGUUGCAAUGGUAGGAGAAUAAAGGUUGAACAUGCUAAGGCUCGGGAUCCAGGCCAAGGUGGACGUGGCGGUGGUAGCUAUCGUCGUGAUGACCGCCGUGGUGGUGGUGGUGGUGGUUAUGGUGGUGGUGGCAGUUCAUAUAGUGACCGGGGUGACCGGGGUGGAUAUGGCGGACGCCGUGGCUACGAUGACGAGUACCGCCGCAGAUCGCCAUCUCCUCGCAGAAGACGUUCGAGAUCGCCUCGUGGCUAUCGAUCCCCGUCACCUUCAAGGGGACGCUACUAACUGGCCCGUGCUCCAAGGUGCCUUACGUGCGUGCCACGAUCACUUCUUGCAUGUGCUACAUCCUGUGCAGCAUGCCGCGCCAUCGAUGAUGGCUGAGUGCCUAACCUAGAAUUGUACUAGCUUGACGCGUUUCAUCUUGCUGCUGCUGCUACUGCUGAUGAUGCUGAUGAUCUAUCACUUCAUAUUCAUGCCUCGCUUCGCGUUUAUACCUGAGCACAAAUGAAACGAUUGUAUGUUCCGUGAUCCUAUCGCCAUUUUUUCUACUCAUCUCACACAGUGGCAGCCAGUGCCUAUCUUGCGUAGAAUCGAAGAAGAAAAGGAAAAGAGUUCCAAUCGUACCAGGCUCAUCAUUCUCUUUGUGAAGAUUGUGUUGCUCCAUGGUAUUUUAUCAGAGUUUGCUUCACGCUCACUGUGGAUUGUUUACAAGUCUGCCUUUACGUUAUCCCUUCGUGUCAAGUGUCUCCUCAAAAGAGUGCUUCGGUGAUCAUAUAUUGUGCUUUGAGACAAUCGA